AUGGCGUCGCUACACGAGAAGCUGGACAAGAUCAAGUCCCCCAAGCUGCAGAACCAGCACCAUACCGGAGUCGUCCUUUCAGCAGUCGAAGACACCCUGCGCGACCAGAAUGCCGAGUUCACCGCAACGGCCUACUUUGCUGCGCUGCUCGCCCUCCUCCCGCAGUCCAUCAACACCACCCAGGGCAUCGUGAAUAAAGAGCUGGCAACCUCCGUCGUAUAUCUGCUCGACACGGUCUCGGCCUUUGUCCCCGCGCCGCUGCUCCGCUCCAAGUUUGCGCAGAUACUGGGCAGCUUGGUGCCGGCCCUGACGCUCGCCGAAGUCGAGGCCCCGCUGCUCAAGUCGUCCGUCGGUUGUCUGCAGAACCUGCUGAUAGCGCAGGACGCGGCGGCAUGGGCGCUGCCGGCGUCGGAGAUCGGGCCUCGCAGGGCCAUUGCGGGCAUGCUGGCGCUGGCGGUCGAUCACAGACCAAAGGUCCGGAAGAGGGUGCAGGAUGCGCUGAUACAGAUACUCAGACAGCCCCCGCCGAGCCCAUCGCUGGACCACCCUGCGGCUGAUCUAUGCGCUGAGACGGCACUGAGGACUCUAAAUGACAGUGUCACUGCUACAUUGAAGGCGCAGGGGAGGAAAGGGAAGCAUCAGCCGGACCACCACCAGCAGCAACAGCAGCAUCAUGAACCCGCGGUGUCGCAUGCCCUGCAGCUUGUCAAGGCUAUUGCGGCGGCCUCAGGAGGCUGGCCGAGCAGGAAGAUCGAGCCACUGUGCGAGCUGCUUAUGAACGUUGCCCGGUCGUCGAACGAGUACCUUACCAUGGGCACAUUCGAGGUGUUUGAAGUGAUAUCUACAGGAAUGGCAGACGAGUUCACUUCCUCCAAGCUACCGCGUCUGCUAGACGCUAUAUCAGAGCUGAAGCCAGCACACAACGAUUCGCAGCUGCUCCCACCGUGGAUUGCAGUUCUGUCUCGAGGCUACGAUGUCUCUGCCCAGGUUUCUGCGCAGGAAACGUUUGAGAAGCUGCCGGAGCUCUUCGACCUGUUCGCGAGCUUCCUCACCUCGCCAUCACGGAAUAUCCGCACUUCUGCCUCGGAAGGUAUGAUUUCGCUUCUGGUUGCGUGUGUUCCGGAGUCUGUUUUGCUAGAGGCAUCAGUGUACGAUGAGAAGAUCAUUGAAAGGCUGGCCAGGUCAGCUACGGGAUUGCUUGCAGUCAAGUACCAAGUUGCUCGAUCAGAGGUAUUCAAUGUCCUCGAAGCCAUGUUCAACGCCUUGCAGUGGAAGAGCUCGCCUGUGAUGAACGAGGUGGUGAAGAUAGUUGGUGAUCUGCGUGCAAACGAGAACUUCCAGGGCAAAAAGGAGGCCGAGAAGGUGCUGGGUGCUGCCAUCAAUGUCAUGGGCCCCAAGGCUGUGCUUGAUAUCAUCCCACUCAAUAUCGUGAAUCAAAAGGCCGGCCAGCCCGGUCGAGUGUGGCUUCUGCCUAUUCUACGAGACCAUGUCGCAAACACAAGUCUGGCCUACUUCCGCUCUGAGUUUGUGCCAUUGAGUGAAGCCCUGUAUCAGCGGGUGAUGGACUACGGAGAUGCAGAGAAGACGGUUGAGGUCAAGAUCUUCGAGACGCUGGUACAGCAGACUUGGGCCUGCCUGCCUGGAUUCUGCGAACUGCCGCUGGACAUGAGAGAGGCCUUUGAUCAGCCGUUUGCCGAGCUGCUGUCAAAUGUGCUGUACAAGCAGGCAGAGCUACGAGUAGACGUGUGCAAGGCGCUGCAGAACCUGGUCGAGUCGAACCAGGCGAUUACCUCCGUUGAGUCAGAGACUGAAGAUCUCGUCUUGCAGCGGCGAGUUACCCGGGAAGAAGCGAGGAAGAAUAUCCAGCACCUUUCUGGGUUUGCUGGAAAUAUGCUUGCGGUGCUCUUUAAUGUCUACAGCCAGACGCUGCCACAGUUCAGGGGCUAUAUCCUGCAAUGCAUCAACGCUUAUCUGAGCAUUACAGGCGAGCAGGAACUCAUUGAAACGUUUGGCCGAGUAACGUCUAUGCUGGAGAGCGCUCUGGAGGAAGAAGCCAACGCCAGCAGCAAGCCCAGCACGGGUCGCAAGGACAAGAUGCCUCCAACCUCGCACACACUGAUGGAUCUUAUUGUGACGAUGUCCAUCUACCUACCUCGCAGCAGCUUUGCGACUCUCUUCUCGCUUGCCUCCGUGGUGCUGAACAAGUCCUCUUCGGACCCCCAGCUUAUCAAAAAGGCAUACAAACUCAUCCCGCGUCUCGCAGGCACAGAGGCCGGCCGCGCAGCUCUAAGCGAACGUAGCUCAGAGCUACAGGCCCUCAUCCUGUCAACAGCAGACAAGACACCUGCCCCAGCUCACCGGGACCGUUUGCUCGCGAUUCACGAGAUCAUCACCCACCUACCGACCGAAGACCUCCAUUUCAUCCCCGGCAUCCUCUCUGAGGUCGUACUGGGCUGCAAGGAGAGCAACGAAAAGGCACGGACAGCUGCAUUUGCCCUGCUUGUCCACACCUCGCAGCGAAUGAUCGACUCCGAACGCAACCCACCAGGCACGAAGAUCCGCAACUCGCUGGUAGCACAUAUGCCAGACGACGCACCAGACGCACCCGCCACCAUUGAGGAACUAUUCACAAUGGUUUCUGCUGGUCUGGCCGGCAGUUCACCACACAUGGUUGCGGCCAGUGUAACGGCCAUGUCACGUCUGCUGUUCGAGUAUCACUCGCAGCUCCCGACCUCGAUGCAGUCCGACCUGGUGCAGACCAUCGAGCUGUUCCUGACCAGUAACAACCGUGAGAUCGUCCGUUCGGUGCUUGGCUUCGUUAAAGUGGCUGUGGUAGCGCUACCGGACGAUCUGCUCAAGCCGCGCCUCCCGUCCGCGGUGCCUAAGCUCAUGAUGUGGAGCAAGGAGCACAAGGGCCGACUGAGGAGUAAAGUCAAGGGCAUACUGGACCGGCUGAUACGGAAAUUCGGAGCAGCCUUUGUGGAAGGGUUGGUGGAAGAGUCAGACCGGAAGCUGGUUGUAUCGAUACGCAAGGAGCGAGAACGGCAGAAACGCAAGAAGGAAGCGAAGCACGACGAAGACGAGGAGGAUACACAGCAGCAGCAGCAUGUCCGAGGCCAGCAGUCUGCUCAGGCGGGAGAGAAGUCGUUCAGCAAUGAGUUCGACAAGGCAGUGUACGGCUCUGAUUCGGACUUCAUGUCAGGCGACGAGUCGGACGCAAGUGAGAUUGAAAUCGACAGUGCAGGCAACACCACCAAACGGGCCAUUUCGUCCAGGGAGAAAGGCAGUAGUAGACGACGUACGGGUGCGGGUGCAGGCGAUACAGGAGAGCAAUACAUCCGUGAGCUCUCGCCUGAAUCCAACCCGCUGGACCUGCUUGCCCCCGAUGCACUGGCGAGUAUCUCCAGCACCAAGCCCAGCGUGCGCUUCCUAGCGUCGAAACACAAGCAGAAACGCCGCCCGCGCAUGGACGAGGACGGCAAGCUGCUUCUGGGCGAGCAUGACGACGAGAUGGACAUUUCUGCCAGCGGUGCGGGCGCAGAGUCCGGUGUAAACGCCUAUGUCACUGCCGUCAGUGGUCCGGAUGCGCUGCGUAAGGGCCAAAAGGGCCGCCUGAGAGCCAGCCAGAGCAAGAAGGGAGACGACGACGACGAUAUGGAGAUGGGGAUGGAUGUGGAGAUGGAUGUGGAUGAUGUUGAGAAGAGUAAUAAUGCGCGUGGACAGGGACAGGCUGGCAGGGGCAAAGCCAAGGGGCUUGCAGCCAAGUCUGGCCGACGAGGCCUCGGGAUGGGCAAAGAGAGAGGCAGCCCCGGGGGAAGCGGGAGGAUUGAGAAGCGCAGGAGGGAUUCCAGGGGUGCCGGCGGUGCUGGUGGCAGGGGGCGAGUUGGUAGGUGA